AUGGCCAUCUCCGCCAUUUCUGAGGAAUGUCGAGACCCCAUGAUCAGCGAACUCGAUAAGGUCCUUAAACUGGUUGUGCCGUCCUUGAGAGAUCCUCACCCACGCGUCCAAUUUGCCGGAUGCAGUGCCCUUGGCCAGAUGACCACCGAUUUCGCGGGCCCCAUGGGGGAGAAGGACCACCAAGUGGUGCUGACAACCGUCAUCCCCGUCCUCGAAGCACGCGAGUCGGGAGGACAAGCACAUGCGGCGGCUGCACUGGUCAACUUCUGCGAAGAGGCGGAAAAGUCAAUGUUGGAACCGUACCUGGAUCAAUUACUUGGACAUCUCCUGCAGCUCCUUCAAUCUCCCAAACGAUUUGUCCAAGAGCAGGCACUAUCAACGAUCGCCAUCGAGACCAUCCGGCAGGUGAUUGCCCAGGAGGUGGAGAUGGACCUGGCUGAAAAUACCGAAACUGCCUAUCUCAGCAACUUGGGCAUGGACUCUCUGAUGGCUCUGACUGUUCUCAGUAAGCUUCACGAGCAUCACGGUAUUGAUCUCGACCCCACGAUCCUGGCCAACAACCCGUCGCUAGGCCAUUUGCGCAAGGCUCUCUGUCUCGAGAAGCCCAAGGUCGCUCCACCGACAGCCUAG